GUACCUAUAUAUUUGUUGUUUGUAUUUAUGGGUGUCUAGCGCGCGUAAUAAUGACAGAAUAUACUCCCGACUCCUUCAAAAUCCUGCUAGGAAAACUCGUCAAGACUCCCGAGUAUUUCACUCCAGACGACCUUAAACUCGCACUUCAUCACCUUUUUACUCCAAAUGCUACCCUUCCCGCACAAAUAGGCGCAUUUCUCGCUGCCCUCCACAUAGGAAAAGUGGAAAGACGCCCAGACUCCCUCGCUGCAGCUGCUGAAGUACUAAGGGCGCGGGCAUUACAAGCAGACGUCGAAGAUGGAGACACGGAUUUUGUUGUCGAUAUCGUUGGAACUGGAGGUGAUGGUCACAACACGUUCAAUGUUAGUACCACGGCAGCCGUCGUUGCCGCAGGCGCAGGCGCUCGAGUGAUAAAGCAUGGAAGCAGGGCUUCCACGUCCUCAUCUGGAUCAGCAGAUCUUUUGCAGUCCCUUGACUGUUCAUUCACUGCCCCUUCAUCAGGCAUUCCCUUUCCUAUAUCUAAGGUGCCAUUCACCUUCAUCCUCGCGCCUCAUUACCAUCCUGCACUUGCUAUGAUUGCACCGUAUCGCGAGUCCUUGCCCUUCAGAACGCUUUUCAAUGUCCUUGGACCCCUCAUAAAUCCCGCACGUCCACGAGGAAUGGUGUUGGGCGUGGCUGACCGCGAACUUGGUCCUACGUUCGCUCAGUCCCUCUGUACCAGCGGCGUCGAGCGCGCCCUCGUAGUAUGCGGAGCCGAAGGACUUGAUGAGAUUAGCUGUGCCGGCGACACGUACGCGUGGCAAUUAGAGGAUGGCAAAGUUACGGAAAUAAAAUUACACCCAGACCUUUUCGGACUGAGCGUUCAUCCGCUCUCAUCCGUUGCUGGUGGAACACCGACAGAGAAUGCAGGGACAUUCAAAGCACUACUCAACUCGGGUAAUGACAUACCGGAGUCGUUGACACCCGUUUUGCACUUUGUAUUGCUGAACGCAUCAGCACUCCUGGUUGUUGCAGGCUUAGCUUCGGACUUCAAAGAAGGGGUUACGCUAGCGAUGAAUAGCAUAACGUCUGGACAUGCAUGGGAUGCCCUUGUAGCCUUUCGGACUACAGGCGAGGAGGCACUGAAAGAAACAAGCGGAUAUCAAAACGGAGCUUGAUGUACUUUUCAGUCAUACACUUAUGUACAAGUUAUUGCUGUGUCUUUUUGAAUAGAAUUCUUCCACUACCAACAAUUCCAGUUGAGAUCAUUGUCCAUAUUCCCCCUCCCCCCCC